AUUGUAACCCAAAUGGUGCCUGAAAAUUUAGAGGGUAAGCAAGAAGUGAAUGAGUGGGCAAUGGGCAAAGGGAAGAAGAUGGAGAGAUGAAUCAGGGUGCUUGGCGUAGGCAUUGUAAUGGUGGUGGCAAUUAUCAUGGGCAUUCAACAUGCUUCUAGGCUGGAGUUGAAAAAAGGCGACAACCAUGGGAUGGUUGCAGAGAUAAAAGUUUAUCUUCAAAGGUUAGGUUACAAUGCAAUUGCAGGGGCGAAAGCGGAGAAGGAGAAUGGUCUGUUUGAUGAGCGACUGGAAACGGCGGUGAGGGUCUACCAGAGUAGCUUCAACUUGCCAGUCACGGGCUUUCUUAAUGCCCCAACAAUCCAGAGCCUGAGUCUCCCAAGGUGCGGUCGAGAAGACGCACACGCACCCCUGAUUCUGCUUCGCUUGAUAAAAUCAAAACCGUGGAAUCUGAUUACAAGGCAGAACAAGUGGAGCAGCAACGGAAGCAACCUCACCUACGCCAUCUCCUCCACAAUUUGCUCACCCAUUCUUUCUGACCACGACAUCCAGUCGGCGAUUGUUGCGACAUUCGACAGUUUGGCGACGGUGGUUCCUCUGAGUUUCAGGGAGGUGGAUAGCUUGGAGGAGGCCAUGAUCAAGAUCCAGUUUGACGGUGACGGUGACGGUGAGUGGGUAUUCGAGUUCAUCUAAAGAGAGCACGGUGAUGAGGACGCCAAGAUGAAGAUCGACUUCCUCCGCCACUUCCUCACUGAAGAUGAUGAUGUUGCCCAAAUCUUGUUCCCAUUCUGAGCCUGGGCUUCCCCCUCCCCUGUUGCCCAAAUCUUGUUCCCAUUCUGCUUAGUAUAUUUCUCUCUUAAUCAUUUGGGCAAACGUUUGAAUUGGGCUUUUUUGAUAUUGUGCUGCAAGAUUCAUUUUCUUGCUUCUUUCUUUCAUCCCAAUGUAAGAUUUAGUUUGAAUUGCUACUGUGCUGCUACAUCCAUUUUCUUGCUUCUUUCUUUCAUCACAAUGUAAGAUUCAGUUUGAAUUGGGUUUUAAAUUGAAUGUACUCUAAAUAUUUGGAGAUUUUUCAUCUUUCAAAGACCCAAUGCCAUGCGUCAUCUCAUC